CAGAGAGCCGCGUUCUAACGGGAGAGGGGUUGUAGGGCGCGCGCGCGGUCCGGUCCGGUGGCAAAUAUAAUAAACAACCCGUUGCCUCAUCUAGUUCGGUUUUUCCUCUGCACACCGACAUGCCUGAGGGCUGCUCCGGGGCGGGACAGUUUAUAACCGAUUCUAAUCACUGGGCUUACCGGAGUAGCGCGUGCUGUGGAUGCUGGGAGCGCGCGCGGAGUGUGUGAGUGUGUGAUAACGGGACGCCGCGCGAGACACAGUCCGGUACAGUCUUCUGCCCCCUCUCUGUUACCCCCCCGGUGACUCCCCCCUCCCCCUCCCGGUGAUGUUGCCGUGUUUGCGCACGGUCCUGAGGCCGGUCCUCGCGCUCCGCCCGCUCGCUCCGGUCUCCCACCUGGGCACGCACGCGCGUAAGGAGCCGGUGGAGCCGCUGACCUCACCGCAGGGCGCGCGGGACUUCAUCUACGGCCUGCACCCGGCCGAGCGCUCGUGCCUCCUGCGGGAACUGCACCGGUUCGAGUCCAUCGCCAUCGCGCAGGAGCAAUUGGAAAUGGCUCCUCCGACCGCUGCACAGCUGAGAUAUGUUCUGCUUCACAACGCCAUCCCCUUCAUCGGCUUCGGCUUCCUGGACAACGCCAUCAUGAUCGCCGCAGGCACGCAGAUCGAGCUGUCUAUAGGUGUGAUCCUGGGCAUCUCCACCAUGGCAGCUGCUGCUCUCGGGAACCUGGUGUCGGACCUGGCCGGGCUCGGUCUUGCAGGUUAUGUGGAAGCGCUUGCCUGUAGACUCGGCAUGCAGAUUCCUGACCUGAGCCCUAAGCAGGCGGACAUGUGGCAGACCCGCGUCAGCUCUCACAUGGGCAAAGCCAUCGGCGUGGGAAUCGGCUGCAUCCUGGGAAUGUUUCCUUUGUUCUUCUACAAAGAUGACGAGGAGAAGACGGAGGAUGCAGCGAAGGAUCCGCCUCCUCCUCCCGACUCCGCCUCCAAGAGUGCAUGAUGGGGAACGGAGCUCCUGCGCCGACGCCCUGCGAAUGAAGCGAACUCAUUAAACUGCAGAUCGCAGUAUAUUUCCAUCGACACCCACACACGCAUGGUUUUAUUCAUCGGCGUCGUUAAGCUGAAAGUUUUCAGAGACCUGAGAGCAUGACCAGGAUCUUCAACCAUUCCAGCUGCUUAUUUAUUUCUUCAAAAAUUUCAUUUUAUUUUUACUUUUCAAAUACACAAAGUUGCUUUUCUUUCUAAAAAUCCAUCAACAACACUAAAGCAAGAGUUGGUGAGACCGAAAAAGAGAGAGAGAGAGAGAGAGAGAGUGCUACUUACUUUCCCAUUUCACACUAAAAGUAGUUCAUGACGCUAGCCUAAAACACUGCGCGGACAGGGCUAGCCGGGGCAAAACCAUGGCCAAGAGAACGUGAGCCGAGUUUGCUUUCUCCCGCAUUCGCUAAUUUUUUUUUUUUCAUUUUACUUAUUAAUUUUUUUAAACUGUAGUGUCAUUCAAAAUGCCACAUUAGAUUUGUUUAAAUAAUUUAGCACUGACAUCUAAUGUAUAAAGUUAGCAUAAUUUUUUUUGUUGUUGUUCCUUUUAAAACAAAUUCUCACUGAGCACAAAGGCUGAGCGUUUAAAAAUUUACAAAAGAUGACUGUUGUGGUCGUGUGCAAGACGUCAGGCGUAAUAUCAGCCAAAGAAAAAAUUAAGAAAAAGAAAAAAGUUUAUUUAUCGUUUAAGAUUAACAUGAUUUACAAACCAUAACAUGUUUCAUUUAAGUUAGAGAAUGAGAGGUGAAGGCGAGGUUGCGUGAUAUUAUUAGUUCCUAUAUUUUUCCUUUAUUUGCAUGUGCAUGGGGAUUUAAUCCAAAAAGAAGGAAAAAAAUGUAAAGGCGUUAAAGUUUGUAAAGUUGUUGUAUUUUGAUGGAAGAUUUCAGAAAAAAACAACAAAAAUCCUAUUUUAUGUGACAUAAACUAAAAAGACCAAGGUGUAGAUAUUAUAAGCUCUAAAAAAUUGUUUUAGAAUUAUUCAUUAACAGCGUUAGACUUUUUUCCUGCUUUCCUUUAACUAUUAAAACAUAAAUUCCCAGAUUUCAUAACAACACACAAACUCAUUAACCUUCCUCGAUCAGCUAACAUGACAUCACCUUCCUCUCUCCCGCCUGAUCGUCAGGCAAAUCAUUCAAAUAUCAACACGUCGUUAUGUGAUUUAGCAAAACCUUCACACUGUUAAUGAACUGAUUUCUGCUCGCAUGCUGACGGCAAGGAUUAAAAUGGGACAGAGUUAAAUCCUGAGUAAAAAAUUACAUCAUUAAAGAAACUGGAUUAGUACUUCUGGAAAUACUGGAUUACAUGCAGCCUGUUAUUCACUUAAUCAGGAGUUUACUGCACAGGGACAAACAUCAUCUACUACAUCAUCUAUUACAUCAUCUAUUACAUCAUCAUAAUUCAUUUAAAUCAUAAAUCUUGUCAGUAAGGUCUUAUAAAACAUUUCUUUACAUUCUUAACAGAAAAGGUUAUUGAGUUCAGCGCAGCAUGAAACUGUGAUGAUGAGAAAACAUCUCAACGUCUGGGAACAUUUGGACUGAAUUACACCUCUGUGCACCGUAGACACUGGAACCUGGGACUUCUAUAAGAGUUUAUUAUAUUGUUUGUGUUUUAUUUGUGAAUCAGUUUAGAUUAAAAAAAAAAAAUAGUCUAAUGACAAUGAGAUGAUUUCUCCUCCGGGCCACUAGGAGGCAGCGAUGAAGACUGACAGGACGAAAUCUGCAGAAUGUAGAAAUUUGAUCAAAUGCCACGUAUUGUUCUGUUUUGAGUUAACGCAUGCACACACACACACACACACAUAUUAAACUAGGACAUCCUUGUUUUCCUGAGUGACAGGGGUCCGAGAAAUUGUCAUGGGCGGAGCUUAAGACAAUUAUACAAAUGUUAUCAGCGUGAUGUAGAGCAAUUUUGGGAGUUUAAGCUAAGCUAGCCAACUUUACAGUGAUUUGUACUGGUUACAUUUGAUGAUAAACAUUUAUAAAGCCAUUUAAUUGUUUAAUUAAAUCCACAACAAAGUAUCAAAGCAAACUAGCUAAUACUCAGCUAAUUAUGAUGAUUUGUAAUGAGUAUGCAAGCUUUAGCUAACAUUGUUUUGCAGCUAGCUAAUCCCCAUAGCCUGAUUUACUAGCAGUCUAGCUAAUCUUAUCCUGUUACACUAGUACUAAUGCUUUUCAAUCAAGCCUAACUUUAGCUCCGCUCUCGUUAGCGCAGGAUCGCUCGUCACUUAGCGGAAUCAGGAUGUCCUCAUCCUCACUCAAUAGACACUUCAUAUACGCUACGUAAGCGCUCGCAGACCUCAGGCAUGCUUCUGUGUUAUUAUGUGCCUUAAUGCAGAGGCCAUGUGAAGAGACGGUCUUGAUGUACACGCGUGAGGACACGCGUGUGUGAUGACGUCACCGUGAUGAACUAGGCGUUAGCAUGUUACAAACGCUCUCGUGACAAGAAAUCGUCCAGAACUGGCGGUGUGUUUGUUAGUAUUUUCAGUUCCGUUAUCACAACAUCAUGGCUACAAGCUACAACGCUACGUUGAAUGCUAGAAGGCUAGCUGUAGAGGUCAUGUCAGAAGGAUAAGAGUAAAAAUUGUUAUGUUAGCAAAAAAAA